GCCUGAGGCUCAGCUGAUUGUGGGCCUUGAAGAUGUUGGCCCUCCCUGAUUUUUUUUUCUUGUAGUCAGUUGUUCAGGCUUAUUAGGAAAAGAGGGAGUUGUCGAACAGCAGAGGACAGCUUUGCUGAAUGUUGAGUUCAUCAGGCUAUAGGCCAACUGAGGGAUGCAGCUCUCUAGGCUGUAACAUAAGUUGCCGAGCCCUAGGCUGCUUUUACUCUGUGGACGGAUACCACCAGAAGCAAACUUCAAAACUAAACUUCAGGUUGCUUGAUCGACGUCCUCCCGUUGGGUCCCGACGAGGAGGAUGGAGACGAGCCCCAUCCCGGUGGUGACGGUCCAAACCGCCCCCUUCGACGACCAACGGCCCGGUACCAACGGUCUGCGGAGGAAGACAGCGGUGUUCGAGGGGAAGAAGAACUACCUGCAGAACUACAUCCAGAGCGUGUUGUCCUCCAUCGACCUGCGGGACCGACAGGGUUGCACCAUGGUGGUGGGCAGCGACGGCCGCUACUUCAGCCGAGCUGCCGCCGAGGUGAUAGUGCAGAUGGCCGCUGCCAACGGGAUUGGUCGUCUGGUAAUCGGACACAAUGGCCUCCUGUCCACUCCUGCUGUUUCCUGCAUCAUCAGGAAGAUAAAGGCUAUUGGUGGGAUCAUCCUCACAGCUAGUCACAACCCUGGAGGCCCCGGUGGAGACUUUGGAAUCAAGUUCAAUGUGGCAAAUGGAGGCCCAUCUCCAGACACUGUGAUGGAGAGAAUCUACCAGGUGAGCCGGACGCUUGAGGAGUAUGCCAUCUGUCCCGAUCUCCGCAUUGACUUGUCCAGGCUGGGAAGACAAGAAUUUGACCUGGAGAACAAGUUCAAACCUUUCAGAGUGGAGAUCGUAGACUCAGUUGAGGUGUAUCUACAACUUCUGCGAAACAUCUUUGACUUCAGUGCCAUUAAAAGUCUUCUCACAGGAUCAGAUCAGCUCAAGAUACACAUAGAUGCCAUGAACGGAGUGAUGGGCCCCUACGUACGUAGGAUCCUGUGCGAUGAGUUGGGAGCUCCUGCUAACUCUGCUGUCAACUGCGUCCCUCUGGAGGACUUUGGUGGCCGACCUCCAGAGCCUAACCUGACUUACGCCACAUCUCUGGUAGACGCCAUGAAAGGUGGUGACUUUGGCUUUGGAGCUGCAUUUGAUGCAGAUGGGGACCGGUACAUGAUCCUUGGAGAAAACGGCUUCUUUGUGAACCCGUCAGACUCAGUGGCCAUCAUGGCUGCCAACCUCUCCACCAUCCCCUACUUCAGACAGCUGGGAGUCAAGGGCUUUGCCAGGAGUAUGGCCACCAGCACCGCCCUCGACAGGGUAGCCAAAGCCAUGAAACUUGCACUGUAUGAGACUCCCACAGGCUGGAGGUACUUUGGGAACCUGAUGGAUUCUGGGCGUUGUUCCCUCUGCGGGGAGGAGAGCUUUGGGACAGGUUCAGAUCACAUUCGUGAGAAAGAUGGUUUGUGGUCUGUGUUGGUGUGGUUGUCCAUCAUGGCCGCCAGAAAACAGGGUGUGGAGAAAAUCGUCCGAGAACACUGGGCCAAGUUUGGACGUAACUACUUCUGCAGAUUUGACUAUGAAGGCCUGGACCCGCGCGCAGCCUUUUACCUGAUGAGAGAUCUGGAGGCAGUAAUCUCAGACAAGGCAUUCACCAGCCAGAAGUUUGCCGUAGGAGACCACAUAUAUGGCGUGGAGAGGGCCGACAACUUCGAGUACAUCGACCCCGUGGAUGGAACAGUGGCUCGAAACCAGGGUUUAAGGAUUGUCUUCAAUGAUGCGUCGCGCAUGGUGUUCCGGAUGAGCGGGAGCGGUGGAGGGAUGGGUGCCACCAUCCGCAUUUAUGCCGAGAGCUUCGAGAGAGACCCUGAGAGACACAAUAGAGAGACUCAGGUGGUGCUGGGCCCUCUCAUUGCCAUCGCCCUGAAGAUCUCCAACAUCCACGAGAGGACGGGACGCCGUGGCCCUAAUGUGAUCACAUGAGCAACCAGGACAACACAUACUCACAUGCACAUGCAUCUACCUGCUCACACAGAGAAAAUGCCUUCAAAAUACUCGUUCUUGUGCCUAUCUGCCAUUUUUUAAUAUCCCUUCUUUGUAGCGACAUUCUCAUUUUUCAUUUUUCUUUAAACGAUGACUAAAUUGAGGGAGCUAACUGCUGCAGUUUAUCUCUCAAAACGCAUGUUUAUGUUGCACACUGUCUCGCAGUUUUUAUUGACCACUAUCAUCUGUCAGAUUUUGAAAACUUAAACUAUUCAGUGUCUAAACCAGGGAGGCUAUUUAAUUAUUGCGGUGGAUAACCAAUGACAAAUAUGUGAACAGCAAACAUUGUCAGACAACAAUGUGAAGACUGACUGUUAAUGUUUGUGGCUUGCUUUUAUCAAGACUUAUUGACUAAGGGAGCAGAAGAGUUUUUGUAUAACAAUGCAGUGUUCACUUUUCAUAUUGCUUGUACCUGUCCUCUCAGAUAUGUCACUGUUUUUUCCGCCAAUAAUUUCAUGCAGAAGUAAUCAAACUGUUGUCUAAGUGUAAAAUAAAACAUGUGUCGCAUCGCAACUAAUAAAUCAGUGAAUUGAA